CUAGAGUUUUUCCGGGACGGCCACGCGCCAGACGCGUUUCCCGAAAUAUGUGAAGUGAAACAGGAGUAAAAAGAGAGCAAAAAGCACCCAACAAAGGAGGAGAACGGAAAAGGUUCAAUUAAAAAAAUGAUCCCAAAUGGUGUGCAGAAAAAGUAAAUUUUUUAACUACGUUACGCGUUUCCGGUCACGUCCUGGACCACGUGAAACAGAAGGCAUUAAGUGAAAGAAAACGAGAGCGGUAUAGAAAGAAAGAAAGCGAGAGUGAGAGAAAAAGCGAGAGAUAUACGAAGAGAGAAAGAGAAAUCGAAACAAACAAAAUCAAACGCAAAUCGGCGGCCCAAUAUGGACCCACAUCCGCUGCUGCUGGCCAACGAAAACAUUCAUGACAGUGGCAUCAUCGAGGACGUGCACCAGGAAUCGGAAGACACCGGCAACGAGGAUUACGGCGAUGAGAGCAACCUCGAGUCGAACCUGCGACGGCGAAAAGGGAAAAUUAUUUCCUGCGUCGAAAACGCUUCCAGAUUAAUCCGAAGACGUGUGCCUUGCGCCGGACACCUGAUGACGCCCCGACGGUUAUGGUUGAACAAAAUACCGACCCAAUGCGAUGUGGUGAUUGAGUUCCCAGAAGACACUCCCGAUGAUGCCCUACGAUGGUUGCUGACCAGAAUCAAAGCGAACCCACCGGAGGGUUUGGGGCUUUCGGCAAUGCUACGAGCGCACGAGAGUACCAAACGAACGGCGUUCUACAUCACAGCGCCAAUGAAUGUAUUAUUCAAAGCCGCCGAGGAUGCCCGCUUGCCCAAACGGUUACGGCACGAUCUUGGCGGAGCACUAAAGGAGUUCACCAAGCGAGAAAGCCAUUGCUUCGCCCAAACCAAGGACAGCGAAGGUGCGAACAGCCUUUUCAGCUCGCAAGAACGCCAGUGGCUGGUGUUACAGGUACUUCAAGGACUGCGCGCUGGCACGGCGGAUCUGAAGGCUCUCCAAGGCCGAGCCGAGGUCGAGGAGGGACAGAGUAUAGUGGCUGCCUGGCAGGAGCUGGGCCUAAUAACACAGGUGUUUCCUCUGCACGAAACCACCGCCUUGCAGCAUCUCCAGUCAAGCUGGGUACGAAAGAUCUUCGCACCGCAACCCCUAGACGACAUAGCGACAUACUUUGGCGUGAAGGUAGCCCUAUACUUUGCGUGGCUUGGACACUACACCUGCGCCCUUUGCGUACCGGCCGUACUGGGAACUAUCCUGUACGCGGGGCUUUGGGGUCGAGGACAGACGGCGCAGGACAUUGGCCACGUCAUCUUCUCACUGUUUAACGUUGCGUGGGCGUCGCUGUAUCUGGAAGCGUGGCGGCGCUACUCGGUGGAGCUGGCGUUCCGUUGGGGCACCCUCUCGACACCGCCCGAACUACUGGAACCUCCAAGGCCGCUCUACAAGGGGCCACUAGAGGAGAGUUCCGUGACCGGUCGCCUGGAGCCGAGGGAGGCACCGGCCUGGCAAAGGCGAGCCUUCCGUUAUCUAGUUAGUUUUCCAAUUAUUGCGCUCUGCCUGGUGCUGGUGUUUGUUGUGAUGUUCCUGAUGCUGAGGCUACAGGAUUGGUGGGACGCCAAGCUUCCGGAGCAAGGCGUGUUCAGCUGUCUGAGCGUGAUACCGAAGGUCCUGCUGGCCGGCGCCAUUACACUAAUGGACGAAGCGUACUACAAGCUCGCCGUCUGGCUGAACGACAGAGAGAACUACCGGCUGCAGUCGAAGUACGAGAAUCAUCUCAUCGCCAAGGUGGCCCUGUUCCAGUUCGUCAACAGUUUUCUGUCACUAUUCUACAUCGCCUUCUAUCUGCGCGACCAGGACAAGCUCAAGGAGCAACUGGCCGGACUGCUAAUUUCGCGUCAAAUCAUCGGCAACCUGCGGGAGUCGGCGUGGCCCUAUCUGGUGGAGCAGUGGCGUCUGGCAAAGUUGAGCUUCAAAAUGUGGGGAGCCCUCAGUCCAACGCAGGAAAUGCCGCCGGCGAUAGGGACGACCUCCAGCAGUGCCGUCUCCACUUCGACGACCGCCGGCGCGUCUGGAACCGAUAGCAAGCCGCUGGGCGAUGGGAAGGGGACGGCAUCGGAGUAUGCGGCGCCCAGCAGCACCCCGAAGCGAUCGAUUGGCCAGGCGGAAAUAGAAAGCUCCCUGUACAAGUACGAUGGAACCUUCUCGGACCACUUGGAGAUGUUGGUACAAAUGGGGUACGUCGUGCUCUUCUCGGCUGCCUUUCCCCUGGCCGGUCUGUGUGCCCUGGCGAACAAUCUGUUGGAGAUACGAUCCGAUGCCUUCAAGCUGGCCCACGUCCAUCAGCGUCCCUUUGGCCAACGGGUGGCAAACAUUGGCACCUGGCAGAACGCACUCGGUAUGCUCGGGCUGGCGGCCGUCAUCGUCAACUGUGCCCUGAUCGGGUUGUCCGGCCAGGUGUCCCGCCUGUGGCCUGGCCUAACGUCUACCCAAACGGUGAUCCUGAUCGUGGCGCUGGAGCAUGUCAUGCUGGGGCUAAGAUCCGCCCUGACGUGGCUUCUGCCCGAGCUGCCUUCGUGGCUAGCGGCCGAAAUAGCCCGUGCGGAGCACUGCCGCCGGGAGAUGCAGUGCAAGGGGCCAUCGCCUCGCCAGACACCGCCAUCGCCGCCAUCGUCCACUUCCAUCUCGCACCACGAGCAGGACUUUAACAGCAAUCAAGACAUCUUCGACAAAACCGAACAGUCGGUGGGCAGAUUUCACAUAUCUCCUAGUCACGACAACACCCAAGAUAGUGAGCUAGAACGGACCGCGCUAACCAGUGCGACCUCCAAGCUGGACAACCUCAGCACUCAGCAGCAGCAGCAGCAGCAGCUGUCGCUGGCACAACCGCAGCAGCAACCGCAAAAGGAUACACAGCAUAGCUGUGACAAUAUGGAGAUCUUCGCCAUGGACACGCGGGACAUUUCGCCAGAUUCGCCGAUCUCUCAGACAAGCACAGUAUUAUUACGACCUCUCCAAGACUCUCCUCUUAGUGGUCAGUCAGCACAAACCGUUGCAUUAGACUCAACACAAACGAGCUCAGGUGCAUGUGUAAAGCAGCCAAGCAUUACGCUCGCCGACAUUCCGCCCUUUCGAGGACAGACGAUGAAGCACAGCUGUAGUAUUUACGAUAAGCGAAGCAUCAACCUUGGUGAACCCUCGCAAGGCAUCCGCGUCGCCUCGAAACCGAUACAAAUACCAGAGAUUCCACCGUUCCACCGCAAGCAGGCACACUCGACGAUGCACUCGCCCGUCGGCAGCCAGAGCCCGCAGGCCAUCCAGAUGCCACCGUCCGCCAACCCGUCACCGCCGCGGAUUGCCGAAAUACCACCGUUCCGGCCGCGGCAGCGCUCCAAGGAGUGGAUGCCCAACAUUGAGCACACCGAGCACCAUCUCACGAUUGGCCCGAGCGGAGGGGCCGAGUGGGCCAAACGCCUGAAGGCGGCCGAUCCUUCCAUCAUUCACAGAAGUACUGAUUGCAUUGUAGCGAAGCAACAGGAGCUGGCGACCGGCUCAGAUUCGGAGCUACUGAAACCAGCGCCAUCGUGGACGAAUGUAGCCAUCAAACCCAACGAGCCGCAGCCUGGCACCAGCAACAGCGCGCCGUCGGUAAAGGCUCCCACCGAAGAAGAAGCGAAAGCCGCCGAACUGGCGGCCAAGAAGUCACGGUUGAAGCAAAGCCUAGUGAAACGCGCUCGAUCGGUGGCAAUCUUUUCACUAAAACUGAAGGAGCAACGAGCUAAGCGAGCGGAAAAAAUGGCUCUCGAAGCAUUGGAGGCCCUUCCAGCGCCGCCACCCGGUGGAGAACUUUCGCUCAUACCAAUCGAGCAGCUCAUUCAGGUGGACGACGUGCUGAGCCAACGCAAUCACGGAAGCGGUUCUGGCCACAAUAACGGCCACACCUAA